GGUGGCCCCUCAGUAUUUUUGUAUUUUCUGUUGCUGGUAACACUGGCUCGCGUGGGAGCUCCUUUUAUUAUUAAAAAAAUCAACAAAUCGGCAGAAAAGCCAAGCCAGAAUGAGCGAGGAGGAAUUCCUCGAGAUAGAACCGCUCGGGUAUGCGACCGACGAUGAGGUGGAAUCAUUCAUAGACGUCGAACCCAAAGAACCGAUACAAGAAGUCAAGCCGGUGAAUAAAACCAAACGACUCGUUUGCAUGAUUGAGGGCUGUAGCUACAAGACGGACAGGAGACGAGAUAUGCGUCGACAUCGUCGUUCGCAGAAGCACAUCCGUGACAUGGCGAAUAUUACCGAUUCGGACUCGGAUUUCGAGAGACCUUUGUACAACUGCCCCUUGUGUUCGUAUACGACUGCGAAGAAAUUCUGUUUUGACCGGCACAAUAUGUCGACGAAACAUCGAUGCAAGGUGGAGUCACAAGGGGAUCCAUUACUGAGAAAACAGAAAGUUAAGAUAUUGCAAUCGGCGCGCCGUGACACCACAUCAUCGCAGGAAUCCGAUGGAGUCAUGUACACCUGUGCGGCUUGCGAAUACACAACACACCGCAAAGAAUCCUUUAAGCUGCACAAGACGAAGCGAAAGCAUCGCUAUAUAAUGGAUAUCAUGAAGCAGAACAAUCAAAUCAUCACGUCCGGACCCAUGGCGCAGGGUGACGAAGUAGAAUACACACCGCCAGAGUCUGAGGACGAAGAGGUCUUGCCCUGGAAUGCGCCGUUUUACUGCGACCUUUGUGAAUACCAAACCAACACUCGAUAUAGCUUUCUCCGCCACAAAAAGUCGAAAAAGCACCAAGCAAGAGUUCAGGAAAUCGAGGAUAUGGAAGAAAAGUCUGACAGUUUACCGGAUGCUGACACUUUCGUAACUUCCGAGCCGGAGGUGCAGCAGGAACAGGAGCUGGAGUACGAGGAGACCAUUGAAUACGAUCCUUUGGUGCAAGAGGAAGUGGUGGUGGAGCAGGAACCAGAUUUCCAGGAGAUCAUUUAUUUGCCCGAAGGGGAAACGGGCGAGGAGCAACAUUACUUCAUAGUGUUGAGCAACGACUAGCAGAGCACUUUUCUGCGCAGAUUUCACGCGCACGCACUGGGAAACUUUGUUUAACGUUUUUUAUGUUUUUCUCUGCACAUAAACUGUAAAUUAAGCACAAAAAAUAAAUAGAGCAUUGAAUUAUGUUUGAACAGUAACUAACACCACCAGCCCACAUUUCUUGAGUGAUUUGCACACCGUGUAAAAAAGCAUUGCAAUAGGAAUCCUAUUUUGUUGUCUUAUUGAUUUGCCGUCAAUUUUGAAGUUCUUCCCAUUUGUUGUUUCUGCCGUUAAUUUUUUGUUUGCGUUUUGUUUUCUUUCGAAUCGUGUUGCCGCCCGCCGAGGCGAGUGAGUGCGACACAUAUUAAAGAAGAGAACCGACCAAUGACCAGGAAGUGAUAGAAUUAGACCAACAAAAUGCAGUCAAUGAAAGCCGAUGAGCUGCCGGAGAAUCCGCGCGAGACCUCGAAUAUCUUUUCAUCAUUGAUGUUCUGCUUUGCCAUGCCCACAUUUUUCAAGGGACGCAAGAAAACUCUGGAUGAAAACGAUCUCUAUCGAGCACUGAAGGAGCACAAAUCGGACACAUUGGGCGCCCAGUUGAGCGAAGCCUGGGAGCGGGAGGUGGAGAAGAAACGCAAAAAGAAGAAGACACCCAGCCUACUGAAGGCCUCCGUGGAUGUUUUUGGCUGGCGCUUGGCGGGACUUGGCGUAGUGCUGUUCAUACUGGAGAUUGGUUUCCGCGUCACUCAACCUCUUUUCCUGGGCGGCCUGGUGGCCUUCUAUGCGGAUUCGAGCAACCAGGAGGGCGAUGGCGAGAACCAAACGAAAGCCUAUCUGUACGCCUUGGGCGUGAUCUUGUGCAGCGCCUUCAACGUCUUGCUUAUGCAUCCCUAUAUGCUGGGCAUGUUCCAUCUGGGCAUGAAGGCCAGGAUAGCCAUGACAAGCAUGAUAUAUCGCAAGGCAUUGCGUCUGAGUCGAACAGCGCUGGGGGACACGACAAUCGGACAGGUGGUUAAUCUCAUAUCGAACGAUGUGGGACGGCUGGAUCUGUCGGUCAUACACAUGAAUUAUUUAUGGCUGGGCCCAGUCGAGAUUGGAAUUAUCACAUAUCUUAUGUACAGAGAGAUUGGUGUGUCCGCUUUCUUUGGCGUGGCUGUGAUGCUUAUGUUUAUCCCACUGCAAGCGUAUCUGGGCAAAAAGACCUCCGUGCUGCGCCUGCGCACCGCCCUGAGGACAGACGAACGUGUGCGGAUGAUGAACGAGAUCAUAUCGGGCAUUCAAGUUAUCAAAAUGUACGCCUGGGAGAUACCAUUCAGCAAAAUGAUCAACUACGUGCGGACCAAGGAGAUGAAUGCCAUUCGAAAUGUGAACUAUAUACGCGGCACCCUCCAGAGCUUCAUUAUGUUUGUCACACGGAUAUCGGUGUUUGUCAGCCUCGUGGGAUUCGUGCUGCUGGGCAAGCUCCUGACCGCAGAGAAGGCCUUCGUGAUCACGGCGUACUACAACAUCCUGAGGAACACCAUGACGGUGUAUUUCCCCAUGGGUAUCUCCCAGUUUGCCGAGCUCCUCGUGUCGAUUCGCCGCAUUCAGACCUUCAUGCUGCACGAGGAGACCAGAGUGCGGGACAAGUCGGACGAUUUGGAUGAGCAGAAACAGGGCAAGGCGGCACUCGUGUCGGAACCCAUAGCCCAGGCCACGGGCGUCCUCAAGCCCAACAGUCGUCGCACCAGCGAGGCAGAGCCCACCAUCAACAUUAGCAAACUGAAGGCCAAGUGGGAUCAAAAGAGCAACGAAAAUACACUGGACAACAUCACGCUGAAGUUCAAGCCCCGCCAACUGGUGGCAGUCAUCGGUCCAGUGGGUUCUGGCAAGUCCAGUCUCAUUCAGGCGGUUCUGGGAGAGCUUAAUCCGGAUGCGGGCUCUGUCAAAGUCAAUGGAACUCUAUCGUAUGCCUCCCAGGAGCCCUGGCUCUUUACGGGCACCGUGCGACAGAACAUACUCUUUGGCCUACCCAUGGACAAGCACCGCUAUCGCACUGUGGUCAAGAAAUGUGCCCUGGAGAGGGACUUCGAGCUGCUGCCGUACGGCGACAAGACGAUUGUGGGCGAGAGAGGAGCCUCCCUCUCGGGCGGACAGAAGGCGCGCAUUAGUCUAGCCCGAGCGGUUUACCGAAAGGCAGAUAUCUAUCUGCUAGAUGAUCCUCUCAGUGCUGUGGACACGCACGUGGGACGCCACCUGUUCGAUCAGUGCAUGCGCGGAUUCCUGCGCGAGAAUAUCGUACUCCUGGUGACGCAUCAGCUGCAGUUCCUGGAGCAGGCCGAUAUGAUUGUGAUCAUGGACAAGGGCAAGAUCAGUGCCAUGGGCACCUACGAGUCGAUGUGCAAGAGUGGCCUCGACUUUGCCCAGAUGCUGACGGACCCAAGCAAAAAGGACGAGGGUGCCAGUGGCGAUGCCGAAAAGAAGAAGGAUCUGUCGCGGCAGAAUAGCAAGCUGCGCGAUCGUCAUGGCAGCAUCUCCUCGAUGGAAUCGGCUGCCGAGUCUCUGGUCGUGGACUCGCCCAUGCAAACGCAGGAGGCGCGCGUGGAGGGACGCAUUGGCUUGUCGCUGUAUAAGAAGUAUUUCGGGGCCAAUGGCUAUGGUCUGUUUAUUGUGUUUGCCUUCUUCUGUGUUGGUGCACAGAUCCUCGGUUCGGGCGGUGACAUUUUCCUGUCCUAUUGGGUCAACAAAAACGGUGAAGCAGAGCGGGACACCUUUAUGGCUCGUCUGCGUCGCGCUUUUCCCGAAACGCGCAUCAAUUCCGACACAGAUCCCAAGGACAUCUACUACUUUACGGGCAUUAAUGUCUCGGUGAUAGUCUUCUCGCUCGUGAGAAGCAUGCUCUUCUUUUACCUGGCCAUGAGGAGCUCCACAACGCUCCAUAAUACGAUGUUCAAGGGUGUGACCCGCGCGGCAAUGCAUUUCUUCAAUACGAAUCCCUCUGGCCGGAUAUUGAAUCGUUUCUCCAAGGAUCUGGGACAAGUGGAUGAGAUACUGCCCUCCGUGAUGAUGGAUGUGAUGCAGAUAUUCCUAGCGAUACUCGGCAUAGUCGUUGUCCUUUGCAUCAUCAAUGUGUGGUAUAUUUUGGCCACCUUCUUCCUGUGUGUCGUCUUCUAUGUCCUGCGAUCGUUUUAUUUGAAUACCUCGAGAGAUGUCAAGCGUUUGGAGGCAGUCACACGAUCCCCGAUCUACUCCCAUUUGAGUGCCUCAUUGAAUGGUUUGGCAACGAUUCGUGCCUUUGGAGCGCAGAAAGAACUUAUUGCAGAGUUUGACAAUUACCAGGAUAUGCACAGCUCUGGCUACUACAUGUUUUUGGCCACCAGUCGCGCCUUUGGCUACUGGCUGGAUUGCGUUUGUGUCGUCUACAUAGCCGUCAUUACGCUCUCGUUCUUCCUUUUCUCCCCGGAGAAUGGCGGCGAUGUGGGUCUGGCCAUUACCCAAGCGAUGGGUAUGACGGGCAUGGUGCAGUGGGGCAUGCGACAGUCCGCGGAGCUGGAGAACACCAUGACAGCGGUGGAGCGUGUGGUGGAGUACGAGGAUCUGGAGCCAGAGGGUGACUUUGAGUCGAAACCGAAUAAGAAACCGCCAAAGGAGUGGCCAGAGGAGGGAAAGAUCAUUUUCGAUGAUCUCUCGCUAAAAUACUUCCCCGACAAGGCCGCCGACUAUGUGCUGCGAUCCCUGAACAUUGCCAUUCAGGGCUGCGAGAAGGUCGGCAUCGUUGGACGCACUGGCGCAGGCAAAUCCUCGCUGAUCAAUGCCCUGUUCCGGCUCUCCUACAACGAGGGAUCCAUUGUGAUUGACAGACGCGACACCAACGAUCUGGGACUGCACGAUCUGCGCAGCAAGAUCUCCAUUAUACCCCAAGAGCCGGUGCUUUUCUCUGGAACCAUGCGCUACAACCUGGAUCCCUUCGAUGAGUACAGCGAUGCCAAGCUGUGGGAGUCCCUGGAGGAAGUGAAACUCAAGGAAGUCGUCGCGGAUCUGCCCAGCGGCCUGCAGAGUAAAAUAUCCGAGGGAGGCACCAACUUUAGCGUGGGACAGCGGCAGCUGGUCUGCCUGGCGCGUGCCAUUCUCCGCGAGAAUCGCAUUCUGGUGAUGGACGAGGCCACCGCCAAUGUGGAUCCCCAAACGGAUGCCCUCAUUCAGACAACGAUUCGGAAUAAGUUCAAGGAUUGCACAGUGCUGACGAUUGCCCAUCGCCUGCACACGGUAAUGGAUUCGGACAAGGUGCUGGUAAUGGAUGCCGGCAAGGCGGUGGAGUUUGGAUCGCCCUUCGAGCUGCUGACGACCAGCGAGAAGAAGGUUUUCCAUUCGAUGGUGAAGCAAACGGGAGACUCGACAUUCGAUGCGCUGCUCAAAGUGGCACAAAAGGCCCAUGAUGAUAACUUGCGGCUCAAGAAGGAUUCUUGACAUUUCGCCGUACCGAAGGCCUUCAAAGACUAUAUACUUAAGAUACUGGAACCAAUUACGAAUCAUCCGGCGGCCAAUGCGCGCAUACAGAAGACCUUCCUCUUUGCGGAGGCCUCCAAGCAGAAGUUAUUAGGAUAGCACAGGAUACACAGGAUACCAAUCACUGAAUGAAUUUUUACUAACCCUACCCCGUACCCCCUACAAAUUGUGUACAAAAACAAAUCAAACUAAUUGUUAGACGAAAAACUAGGAGUUAUAGAAAUCAAAACAGCAGGACAAUAAGAACGAAGGAAUAUAGUAGGGAGGAGGAGGAGUGACUGUUUUUUAUAUGUGCAAUACAUUUAAUUUUAGCUAAAAAAAAAC